AUGACAGUCAAGAGUAUGCAGAUAGAAGACGAGCACGAGGUUGCCGAUGAGAUGGCCUCCGAUUCCACGAAAAUGAACGGCUUGCCGCCCAAAAGCAAACAAGGAGUCAUUGAGCUUGGAGAUGUGACACCCCACAACAUUAAACUCUUGCGUCGGUUAAAUCAGGUCAUCUUCCCCGUUAGCUACAACGAUAAGUUCUACAAAGAUGUCCUCGAAUCUGGUCCACUAGCUAAGCUAGCUUUUUAUAACGACAUCAUGGUGGGCGCCGUGUGCUGCCGCAUUGACACCACCGAUCCAAACGCCCGUCGCUUGUACAUCAUGACACUAGGCUGUCUGGCUUCGUACCGGCGUCUGGGAAUCGGCACUGAAAUGGUCAAACACGUGCUCGACUACGUCUCCUCCAAGGACAGCAACUUUGACAGUAUCUUCCUUCACGUUCAAGUCAACAACCAGGACGCCAUCGAGUUUUAUCAAAAGUUUGGCUUUAAAAUUCUCGAGACGCGAAAGAACUACUACAAGCGCAUUGAGCCUCCAGAUGCGCAUGUCUUGUCGAAAAGCCUAAAAAAGAACUGAAGGCUUUCCUCCCUUUCCAUUUGA